AUGCUCGCAGCUUCAUUGAGAUUUUUCGCCGAAGGAAACUACCAGAAAGGUGUAGGAAAUGAUCGUUACAUUGGAUUGGCACAAUCAACGAUGUCAAAAUUCCCAUCAAGUGAUGGUGAAAUAAAUAAGAUCAAAAUAGGUUUCUUCGAAAAAACUGGAUUUCCAGGAGUUAUCGGUUGUAUAAAUGGAACGCAUGUCAAAAUUGUUCCUCCUGUUUGUGAUAAACAUUUGUUCUACAAUCGUAAAGGUUUUUACAGUUUUAAUGUUUGCGAUUACAAUCUAAUAAUUCGAUAUAUCGAUGCCAAUCAUCCAGGUACAUGCCACGACUCGUUCGUAUGGAACGGCAGUUCGUUAAACCAAUUAUUGAGACAAAGAUACGAAAACGGAGAAAGAAACUUCUGGUUACUUGGUGAUGCUGGUUAUACUUUAACACCGUUUCUAAUCACACCUUUCCGUAUAGGAAGAAAUACUACUGAACGGCAAACAAGGUUCGACGAAAUUCAUUCCAAAACCAGAAUUACUGUAGAAAGAUCAAUUGAAGUAGUCAAAAAUACCUUCCGAUGCAUUUUAGGAGCAAGACAGCUUCAUUACAAACCUGAAAAAGCAACAAAAAUAAUCAACGUUUGUGCAGCUUUACAUAACUUGCGAAUGAAGUAUAAAAUGGAUUGCGACCAGCUAGAUUUACCAAAUGGAGAGUAUGGUGCAGAACUUUAUGGUGUGGAAGAAAAUGAACGUGAUGCAGAUGAAAUUCAAGAAGAAAUUAUGAACAAUAUUUUGUGA